AUGAAUGCCAUCGCACACGGUCAACCAAUUUUGGGCCGUCAAUGCACCAGAAAGAAGCGCACUUCAUUACUCGGGCAAGUUUUUUCCCGACGUUUUUCCUAGAAGCCGUCAUUCAUAUUCUUCACUUUUUUCUCGGGGAGACGUUGAAAAGAACGACCUAUAAUGUACUUGAACAACUACGGAAAGUGAGUCAGACACGAAACUUCAAUUUCGGCGCUUUUCCACACAUUUUUUCUUAAUUUUUGCAAAGAAAUCGUUGAGAGCAAACAAAUACUGAUAAUUCUACCAUCUUUUCGCUUGAAAAUACUCGAGUGUCGUAACGAAUGUGUCAGAUCUGACAAAUUGUAGAAAUAAUGAUAAAAGUUGCAAAAUUUAGAUAGAAAAGCGGAAAAAGUUCAAACCCUUCUCCUUUUCCAAAAUUUCCCCCGAAAAUUGAAUUGAAUGCCGCCGAGAAUUGUUGAAGAUGUCCAACGGAAAAGGAAGACAAAAAUGUCGGUCGGUGUUGAAUUUCCAGAAGAGGCAAAAGGCGAUUUUUGGAAUUUCACACACUUCCGUCCCUUCUUUUACCUCCUUUCCUUUCUUUUUCUCUUCUAAUGUCUCCGGAUGUCUGUGGGCAAUUAGAAUCUCGAAAAAGAGCACAGCUUUGAGCUCUUUUUUUUUCGAUUUCCCCUGAAUUGUGUUUAAAUUUAAAGGCUUUGGAAAAGCUUACACUUGAACGCAUACUGUACGGGUAGGAGACGCUCUAUAGUUCUAUCUCAAAUAUUUUUGAAUUUUAGUACUUGUACGUCGUAGGAGUUUCGACAGAAAAUAUAUUAGAUAUUGUCAACUUUCCAGAGCUUCAGUUCUUUUAGGAGUGGCUGCAAAAAAAAGUUGUCAACAGACAAAAAAAAGUUCUCAUUAAGAACAAUGCUUUUGUAAUUGAUUAUUUUUCUGUAUAACCACUCUCCGGAUCACUGUAGGCUUUGGGAGAUGAAGUCAACAAUAGCAACGGAAUUUCAGUGUCCCAGUCCAAGAGCUACAGUAAUCCUAGGAGUGGUCUUGGAAAAAAGUUGUCAACUGCCAAGAUCAAGUACUAGUUUGUGAUAUUUCAGCUCAACCUUCAUGACCUACUACAACGCCGUCGAUAAUUUUGGCAGUUUGGAAAGUGAGUCAAAAUUUUUUCCAAUUACCUUAAAAAGGGCACGGUAAAUCUCAGCUGCCAAUAGAGAUAUCAAAAAGUAGAAUGAACGGUUAUUGGGUUCCCUUCUAUUAUAGUACUUACUGUGACAGUGGGUCCCUUUUUUCAGAAUACUUCAAAAACCGCACAUAACUAUGAAUAUAAUAUCUGUGGGUGAAAGAGUUUGUCGUCAAUGACAUGUAUCAUAAAUGAAACACGAAAAAGAAAAGAAAAAGAUGAAGAAGCGGAAGAAGCGCGCGAAAUUCGAUCUACUCUUGUGUGACAUGACAAGACACCGGUGAUCGCAUUCACACAAAUUGUAUUUUAAACUUUCUUUUUGUUCGAAACCAAGUUGCCCACACAAUAGCUGGAGAUGUCACAAAAAAUGUGAAGUCCCUCAAAUCCUUCAUCUUUUUUUUCUAAUCAAACAUAUUCUUGCAUCAAAGAGGAUUAGCUUUCCGAAAGGGAUACGUGACUCAUGGAAUUCUCUGGGAACACAAACACAUCACACAUUCCUGCAUUUUCAUAAUAAUAGUAAUAAUAAUAAUCAUAAUCAUAAUUCAAAAAGGCCGCCCUUCAAGACAUUUUAUCAUUUUAUUCAUGAAAAUGUCAUUUUUCACCUGCAAAACUGGAAAAACAUAAUCGUUUUUUUUCGUACAACGUGACUCCCAAAAUCUGAUUUACCGUCAUUUUUCGGAAAACGAUAUCCAAGGAAAGAAUGAUUUGAGGCCGUACCAAAACGGGGGAAUUCACGAAAACAGCGAAAACCAAAAUCGCGGAUUCUUGCAUGCACCAAACUUGACGCGCACGUGUCACUAACGGGUUUUUUUUAUCAAAACCAACAUAUGGGUCCUUGAAUACAACUUUGUUUGGCCAAAUAGAUUUUUCAAAGUUACUUUUGACGAGUUUCCAUUUAUUUCUCUUAUGGUUAAUUGUUUUCACGUGUUCGUCAGUUCAAAAAACGCAAGCUUACUGUAAAUGCGCGUCCUAGAUUCCUCGAUUUUCCUCGAUUUUCGCAUUUUUAUCCGCGAUUUUGGUGUUCGCGAUUUUCGCCACCGCGGUUUUCGUAACGUGAAUUCUCCCGUUUUGGCACGGCCUCAAUAAUUUGACAUUUCCUUUCAAGUCCACAAUAAUCGGCGAGCAUCUUCCUCUUCCUCCCCAUUUUUUCGUUUUUCUCAUCCAAAAGUGAGUACCCAUUAUAUUUUAUUGGCUCCGCAGAGCUCAAAUGGAGCCGAAAAACGUUCACAUCGUCUCCCUUUCUUCCCGUUUUUUCUGGAACCUCGAAAAAAAGUAUGAAUUGUUUAGGAACUUGUGCUCCCCAUCCCAGAAAGUAUCACACACUUUCCCAAGAUGUUUUCAGGCAAGAAUGUGUUCUCGCCGCUGGCAAGUGAACGGAUGCGAAGGAGACCAAGCCAGGUGAGUGGAUGAUAAUCUUAAAAUACCUUCAUGUUUUUUGAAACAACACCCCCCUGGUAAAACUUGAUAAGAUGUCACCGAAGUACUUUGUUAUUUAUCAAGAAAGCGCUCUUCCUCAAGUACAACAUUCGUUUGCACUUUUUCGUCUUUCUUUGUACUUUUAGCUCAAUUGAGCUAAAUGUUCAAAAAAUUGAUUCGAAAUGUUCUCAAUUCGUUCACAUGGCGAGUCAGAAAAGUACAAAAAAAGAAUUUUGCUCGAAAAACAAAAAAAUCGCAUCCAGGCAUCUCUCCGCGGGUUCAAUCCCAUUCAUUCUUUUUGCGUUCGCAUAAAAAAUCUUAUUUCUCUUUUCUUCGCCGUUUUCCAAUUAUUUUUCCACUCGCACACAAGAAAAAGAGAGAAGAAUAAUUAAUGAGAAGGGAACUCUUUCUGUGCUCAUUCACUUCUUUUUGACUCGAUUUUGAGGAGCUCUAGAUAGUUUUUCAAACAUUUAACAGAUUUCGCUUGAUGAAAAUAAACUUGACCUCACGUUUCACUCUUUUCCGCUGGCUUUCGACUGAAAUUUUUCGCAAUUUAGAGAAAGUAGGCAUUUGUUUUGGCAUCAUUCACAUCUUCAGUUGUCUUCCCAAACUGUGUCAAACUGUUUUGUGUUCUCUUGCAUAGUGCAUAGUGCAAGAGCAUCAUACUACGAACAGGAUGCUUCAAGGCCUCGUUCACAACUUCACGCGCUGUUUCGUUUAUAAGCAUUAUAUAACCAGGACGUAGUAAUCCAUCGGUUAGGCCCCAAGAGAACACAACACAGUUUGAAAUUGUUUGGGACGACAACUGAAGACGUGAAUGAUGCCAAAAAAGGUAUAUUUUCCCUAAUUUGCGAGCGGAAAAGACCGAAACGUGAGGUCACGUUAAUGUUGCGAGCGUCUGCCAAAAAGAGACGCGAGAAACUGAAACGAAAACGAGAAUUUCCGCGAAAGUCUCGCCCCGAGGACACUACUAAAUACUUAAUAAACACAAAUGUGAAGUUUUUGUGAAUAUAGAAAGUUUUUUGUCAGAGAUCAUGAAGUGUAUUCAUGAGCUCAUGAAUUAACCAAUUGCUCAAUAAACUUCCCUCCCCCUCCCCGUUUCUGCUUCAAAAGUCUUUUUUAUGUGAUUUUUUUAAAAGAGAAAACGAUCUUUCAAAUAUAAUUUGAGAUGUUUGUAACAAUUAUUGAAUAAUUGAGCUUUGAGCCUUGCUCGGCGAGCUUCUGAUUCCACAAUCUCGGGUUACCACACACUUUGUUUCAUUCUCUUGUAGGAUUUCGAUUUCAUUUUUGAAACAUCUUUUCGCACAACAUUGUUUUAAAGCUCUUAAUUUGUGCUUCUUCGUUUUCAGUUUAAAAAAACCCCAAAAUUGUCUGUUGUUUGCUCGAAAAAAAAAACAAAUUUUUCCCAUUUUCUCUCACACAAAAACGGGCACUUCCGUCCGUUUUUCUUCAAAAAAAGAAGAGAAGAUGCCUUCAAUUUUGUGUAUCCAUAAUAUUGGUUUCGUUUUUUCGCCAAUACUCGAUUUUAGCCUGUUUUUCAGAUUUAGGCAAUGGUGAAGUCAGUUUUUGCCUCAAAUUUACAGAUUUUGACUUUGAAUAAUGCUAACUUUUCCAAAACUUGUGUUAGCAGAAAACAUCAGUCUUUGGCCUGAUUUAAAGCAGAAAACUACACAAAAGUUCUGUAACAUUGCUGUAAGAUUGAAAAAACCAGGUUAAUUUCCGAAAGUGUCAUUAAAAACUAAAAAAAAAAGAGCUCAUCAUGAUCACAUCAAUCUGUUGAAAAAACAGGAAACGAGACAAGCGCUCAAAAACACUUUUACUCGCUCUUUUCCAUCCUAUCUCUCUCUCUCUCUUAUCACUCUUGUUAUAUCAUCCACUUCCAAAACACUCAUCUAUCAUUCAUCCCCCUCAGUUCACCGACCAACCACACUUUUCCCUUCCAUCCCCCCCUAUUUUUCUACUAAUAAAUGUCAUAAAUUCACCGAAAAACUAUGGGCGGAGGCGCGUCUAGAGACGAUCGGCCCCUCCCAAAGAAUCCUAUCGCUCAUGAUGAGUACGAACAAAAUUUGUAUCAGGAAUGGGUGAGUUGGCUGGCUUUUGGCGAGAAUUUUGAGCCAAAGCCAAUCUAAAAAAUGAAGAGUAUUCAUUGCAAAAUCUGCAAAGUAUCGUAAGAUAGUGUACAUUGUAAGCAAACACCAAAUGGCAAAAGCAAUCAGAAAAUCGAGUAGCGGUGUCAGAAAAUUAAAAAAAAACAACGAUUAGAUUUGUUUAUUGCUCCGUGAAAAGUUUGUUCUUUUCCCCUUCACAUUCACCCCUUCACCUUUCACUUCAAAAUUAUUCAAGCUAUUAUCAUAAAAAUGCCCAUGUCCCAUUUUUCAGUUUGACCGAGCCCUCCACAAAGCCUACUCGGAACCGCCUCAACUUUUUCCAAACUCUUCACUUUUGGACACCCUCUAUCAUCGGGUUUAUUGGUCCGUUCGCGCGAUUCAGUUCAAAAUAUUCUACAAGAAUGAAGAUAUGGACCUGGAUGAAGUGGUAGAGAAGUGGGAAAUAGGGGUUCAGCCCCCCUCGCUCGAGAUUAUGGCCCAGCGGACACAGUUCAGUCCGAGAUGGAUCAAGUACAUGUAUGCGCGGUUCAAGAAUGUGAGUUUCAUAUGAAAUGCACUAUGAAAGUUGGUAUUUGUAGCUUUAUUUUGAGAAAAACUGUAAAUACUCUAAUAGUGUUCAUUCAAAACGAUUUAUCAUUGUUGGUUUUUGACCGGAAAAAGGUGAAAUACCGUCAAUACUGUAAUAGAAGGGCACCCGAACAGUGCUCAUUCAAAACAAUUCAUCUCAGCUGCCGGUGGAGAAUCUCUAACGUAAUGAUCACUGAAACAUUUCGUACAUUUUGACAGUUGUCAACUUUUCGAUAUCUCUACCGGCAACUGAGAUACAUUGUCUUGAAUUUGGGUGUUCUCGGGUAUUACAGUAGUAAGCUUGCAAGCUUGAUCUUCUAGCCAAGAAUAAUUGUUUAACAUUUUCAAGAUAUUUUCUGUUAUUUUAAGAGUGGAAAUUGAUGAAAUUCGAACACAAUUCAGGAAUCGCCAACAGGAAAGAUGAAGGAAGAAGAGUUCCGCAACCUGCUCGCUUCUAUUAUCGCUCCGGAAAAGGCGACCGAUCAGUACAUCUCUCGUCUUUUCGCCGCUUUUGCCGGAAAAGACAAAAAGACGAUUACCUUUGAGGUACUUUCAGCACAUUUAGAGAUAACUUGUUUCCUUUUUAGAAUCUGCUAAACAGUCUGUCUCAUGUACAUCCGCAAACCGCCGAAACGAACGCGCGAUGGACAAUGCGACUGAUAACCGGCGGAGAGGGGGACUGCUUCGGCUUCUCGGUCAGUUUUUCCAAGGGAAAUUGUUUCAAAUCUAUGAGGUUAAGGCUUCAGACUAUGUAUUUAGAUGCCAAGAACUUUGUACUGGGUAGCAAGUGA